AUGUCUGUGCUCCGGCUUUCGAAAAAAGAGCUUGAUGCCCAAAUUUACCGCUACCUUCAGGAGGCGAACUACACAGACGCAGCAGAGGCCAUGAAGGUGGCCAAUUCAGAGGUUGUUCCGGCAGCUCGCAAGCUUAAGUUCUCGGCACUCAUUGCCGCCAAAAAUAAUAUCAAUGAGGAUUCCGACAGCGACGAUGAGCCUGUGCGUAAGCCGACCAAGGCGUCCCCCAAGGCCCCUCCCAAGAAGCCUGUGGCUGACUCCGACAGCGACGAUGAGCCAGUGCGCAAGCCGACCAAGGCCUCCCCCAAGGCCCCUCCCAAGAAGCCUGUGGCUGACUCCGACAGCGACGAUGAGCCUGUGCGUGUUCCUGCGAAACGUGUUAGUCCUGACGGUGUUGACGAUGAGGAUGAACAGGUGAGAAAGGUCCACCGGUUUGAAAAUGGGGAGAAUGGAAACAAUGGAUUUGGAAAUCGUGGUGGUCGUGGCUUCGGUGACCGUGGUGGCCGUGGCUUCGGUGACCGUGGUGGCCGUGGCUUUGGUGACCGUGGUGGCCGUGGCUUUGGUGACCGUGGUGGCCGUGGCUUUGGUGACCGUGGUGGCCGUGGCUUCGGUGACCGUGGUGGC